AUUUGUUAAUGUGUAAACUAAUGGCGGCUCCCGUCACAGCCACAACGUAGCAUUUCAUAAAUCAAGUAGCAUUGGUACCAGUGGAUGAGCCAUGCCUUCCAAGCUGGAGUUCUACGUCUUUCCCCGCCUCAAGUCGGCUCAACGGCAAGACUCCAACACCGAUCACCAUGACUACAAAAGCGGCGCCUCCUUCAGUGGUCAUCUGGACGGCAUGAAGAGGGUAGGCCAUGGCACCUUUUUGUGGCCGAACGGGGACCGCUACACGGGGGAGUAUGCAGAGAACCGAAGGCAGGGCAAAGGGGAACAGACCUGGGCCGAUGGGGCACGCUUCGUGGGCCACUUUGUCCGAGACAUGAGGCACGGUUACGGGGAACACACGUGGGGAGAUGGAGAGAGUUACAAAGGAGAGUAUUUCAAGGAUUACCGGCAUGGCCAGGGCAUGUACACCUGGCCAGAUAGCUCUCAAUUCACAGGGACCUUCUAUCAGGAUGCCAAGGAAGGCUACGGUGUGUUUGUCUAUGCCAACAGAAACAAAUUUGAGGGUCUGUACAAAGAUGGUGAAAGGCUUGGACCGGGAAUCCUGACUUACACCAACGGCCAGCAAGACGUGGGUGUCUGGCACAAGGAACGACUUGUCAAACUAUGCAAGCCAAUAGAGGGCGCCUUCACUAUGCGUCAUCACCCGGAGUUUGACUACGACCCAGCUGAGCAUCAGAUGACAAUAAACAUGCACCAAAAUGAAAAUAUACAGUUGAUGAACGGCCUAUCAUUACAGCCCGACGGAUCAGGGGAUGCCACCGACAGCGUCCGUGACACCAUGGAGAAACUCUCCAGGACGUCCUUCUCCACCAACUUUGAUAUCUUCCUCCCAAGCAGACAGGAGAGUGUGGAUCUCCUGACGCUGCAGUAUGACAAAGAGGAAUAUGACCAGGCCUUCUUCACAAAGAGCUGUCGCCCGGAAGGUGAAGGGUCAUCAGAGGUCGUUGCCCUCAACAAUACCCCGUCUUUCAUCAGCAUACAGAGGCACGUUUACAAGCACAGGGGCCGAGAGAAGGAAAUGUCGUUCUGCGUGGGGAAGAUUUUACACGGGGAUCGUGGGAAACAUGGCAAGAUGGGUCCGAUCGAAGACACAUCUCAACAGCUUAUCAAGGCAGCUGCGGCCGGUGACCAGCAGACGGUGCAUUCACUCCUUAUGCAGGGCGCCAGUAAUGUCAAUGUUGCCGAUAAGCAGGGUCACAUGGCUCUGCUGGGAGCUGCAGUGAACAUGCACAGUGACAUUAUCAACACCAUACUGGACAAUGGUGCGGAUGUCAACAAACUGAACGACGAGGGUUUAUCAGCGCUAGUCGCUUGCCAUGUACUCUUCUAUCCCACCAAGUCCUUCCAGUACAACAUCGCCGAACGAUACCUCCCCUAUCCAGAGAAUGAAACGAUCCACAGCCUGACCCUCUGCCCAAUCAAACCGGCCCUUAGCGAGAGAAGCGGGAGUGCCUAUUCCAGUAGGGGUGGGGACACACAUUCCGUGACGAGUUCCAAGUCUAUGACCAAGACUAUGCCUGCUGAUUAUUACGAAGACGAGGAUGAAGAUGUGGAUGAUGGUCACCACGAUGGUGAUGAUGACGAUGAUGGAAUCGACGAUGAGGAUUUGGACGAAAGAGGACCGUUUGGGACACCAGUUAAGGACCCCCAGGAAGGUGAUUUGGGCACUAGGGCAGAAGAGGACCGGAUACCGAGCACUUUGCCCAGCGAGUUUGAAUCGGAUACCACCGUGGUGAAUUAUGGGAUUGAGGUGACGGAGGAUCUGGUCGAGAGGAGUGCCACCGUGAUGAGUAACAACAGACGUAUCGUCAGUGGGAGAGAUUCACGGUGUAGUGAGCCUAACAUGGACCAGGCUAGGCUGAGGGCCAUUAUGAAGGCAGAGCAUGCUAACAUGGAAGCCACAAUACGUCUUUUAUUGAAGCGCGGCGCUGACCCCAACGCAUCCAGUGUGCCUAUGCCAGUCAUCUUCUUUGCCAUCAAGGCUGCCGAUGUCGACGCGGUACAAGCGUUACUAGAGAAGGGUGCAUUCACUGACAUCAGAUUGUCCAACAAGAAAGAAGGUCUGGCACCCUUGCACAUAGCCAGUGCCAUACGUGGUGAGGAAGGGGUACAGAUCACCAGACUACUCCUUGCAGCAGACGCUCAUCCCAACGUUCGUUCCCAGGACAACGACUUGCAACAUGAAGGGUACAUCGUGCCAAGCAGCGCUAACCCAGUCAAGAUACGACCGGGUCUAGACGACAGCGUUUCGGUUCUGUUGCGUGAGCUAGAGGAGAAGGGUGAGCACAAGGGUGGACGGACCCCGUUACACAUCGCCUGCGACAGGGAUGACAACCAUGAGCUUGCGAGACAAGUCGUCCAUCUAUUGUUGGAGCACCGUGCCAAUCCCAAUGUGCUUUGCUGCGGCCAGUCACCACUCUCAUUGGCCAUCGCCAGUGGCAACGAUCUGGCUAUUGAUGAGCUGAUAGCGUACGGAGCUAACCCAAGCCUACCUCUAGGUACAGGUAUUGGCAGUGCCUUGUGUGUUUCAGCUAACGCGGCCUAUGAGUUCAGAAGAACACCACAACAACGGAUAGCCCUCAUUGACAAGCUGGUGAAAGCAGGAGCCAAUAUCUUAGCACCUGUACAGGUGGGAGGAAAGAAAGUUAUGGGAACAGCCGUAGAUUACGCAUACUGGAUGUUUAAUCAGGACCGUCGUAUUGCGCACAUGCCCUACCACGCCCUGACCCACUCUGAACGCGACACCUACAAUGCCCGACGCAAGCUGCUAGCUCACCUGGGGGACAUUCUGCGAGAGGCAGCCGUGAGGAGGGAACGAGAGAGACUGGAGAUGGAGGAACUAGGCGGAAUCAGAAGUUCGAGUCCAAGCCAGGGCUUUCUCUACACUGGUGCCGGUGCCAAGUCCCAAGAGGGCAUCGACCGAACCAAGACCCUGAGGCAUGGGGGCAGGGGGGACAGCCCCACCCCCAGGAGCAUCGAGGGGGGAGACGGGGGGAAGCAGGUGGCCUUCCGGGCAAUCACUAAGGACAGUUCAGGUGUGGAGCAGCCCCUGGUGGACAGGGAUGAUGAUGGCACAGUCAGGAGACCAAUUCGAAGUGAGACCACUGUUUUGAAAGUGGAUGUUGUUGAAAUGGGUUUGGAUGCGAAUGCAGUGAAACAGCUCUUACAGUCCAAGAAGUUACGUCAAAGGAAGCCCCUGUUUAAGUAUUGCUAUGAAUGUGGACGCUGCCUGGGCGUGCGGCUAUCGGCCUGCACUCGUUGCAAGGAGGUGUACUACUGCAGCAAAGCAUGUAAGAUCAAGGCGUGGAACGCAAGACACAAGGAAGAAUGCAUCAGAAUCGGAGGUCGCAGCAGCCGGAGCCCCAGUCCAACAAGUAAGACUGCUGUAGGUGGGUCAGGACCUGGGACCAAUGCAAACCAUGGACGUCCAUCAGACAACCCCACAGCAGCUAGCAAUGCCGCGACAACUGGAAAGUGGAACCAGAACGGCCCAACUGGCAGGUCAGGGGGUCAAAAACAAAAAGGUCACAUGAACCCAAUUGCAAAAGUCCAGGGUGGCAAGAACCAAUCCGGGGCAGCCGCUAAGGGUCAGGGGUUAAAAGGGCAGGAAGGGUCCGGGUCAAAGUUUACAAAGGGGUCAGGGGGCAAAGGUACAUUGGCGGGGUCACUGGGUGGAGGGAAGGGGGUUAACGUAGGCGGAAGUGUGAGUUCUACUUCUAAGUCCAACAUUGCGGAUGAAUACAAUACAAAGAGGGAUGUUACCGAGAAUUACAGCUAUAAUUGAAAACCUGAAAACAAGUUCAACGUUUUAUUGUCAACUUUGACUGUAUUUAUGAAGAAACUGGUCGUGAACAGUUGUCAUUUUGUAGCAAAUUCACACAUCGCAAUCAUGGACAUCUUACAAAGUUCUGCACUUUGACACAUGAAAUAAAAACAGUUAAACUUAAGAAUACUUUAAAGUCUGAAAAAGUCUAGAUGUACUUUGAUAUAAAUACUCACACGUAAAAUAGUCUAAUAUGUUUACACUGCAUAUCCAAAGUACCGGUAUGUAAAUAUAUAAAUUAGAAAAAAAGUGGUAUUUUGUUUUCUUUGUGUGUGAUAGAAACACUAGCUGGAUUGUUUUCAUGCGUUUUGAGAGAAAUGUAUAAGUUUUUAAAGAUACUUUAAUAUAAUGUAAAACCAAGCUUAUUUGCUGUGUAACAAUUACAACCAUUGUUCUUGCAUUGGAUGAAUAAACAAGUUUCCCUGAAA